AUGGAGCGAACCUCUACCAAUCCCAUUCCCGACAUGUAUCUGACCUAUCUUGCUUUGUUAUGUCUACUUCAACUUAGUGGUGCAACAAGUCCACAUAGGCAUCAGAUUGACUCAGACAAGGUCCUUUGCUCAGCCAACUCCCGCCAGAUCGCCAACAAUGGCAACGGAAGUACCGUCUGGCCAUGGCAGACUUACAUGUCGUCCAAUGCUACUCCUCCAGCUCUUCGAAUCAACAGGACCAAAGAAUCCUUGUUUGACGGCUUACUCUUCCUCACCCCUUCCUAUGGCUCGAGCAUCCCAGGCACAAAGGAACAAGCCCCGAUCAUCAUGAGAGAUGACGGUGACCUGGUCUGGAACGGACCCGUCCACGACAGCUCUAAUCUGCUCGUCCAGACCCUUGGCGGACGACAGGUCCUGACGUACUGGUCCGGACAAGGCUCGGCCGGUUACUCCCUAGCAAUCGGCCACGGCUACGGGGAAGUUGUCAUUCUUGACAGCACUUACACAGUUAUACAUACUGUGUGCCCACAACUGAACCUGAAACUCCCACCUGGAGCGACGGCCAGAUGUGUCGCCGAUGUCCACGAGUCAAAGAUCACGGAUAGAAACACGAUGCUCAUCACAGCGUACAACACGACUCCGUACGACCUAUCCAGCAUAGGUGGACCAUCGAAAGGCUGGCUCCUCGACUCACUGGCCCUUGAAGUCGACAUAAUCACAGGCAAAGUGCUCUUCUCAUGGAGCCUUCUCGCGCAUCUGCCGCUCAAUCGUACACUGUUCCAACUCAGUGGCGCCGGGACUAGUCAAAGCACGCCCUUUGAUCCCUUCCACGUCAAUUCCAUCCAGCUCGUAGGCAACAAUUACUUGAUCAACGUCCGCAACAUCUGGGCCACAUUCCUGGUCAGUCCCGCCGGCAAUAUCAUCUGGGCAAUCAAUGGUCUGAACGGAGGAGAUUUUGGCGCCUUACCUGAAGGUGGAAAUUUCUCCUGGCAACACGAUGCCCGUCUCGAAACCCUCAACUCCUCCGCAGCCCUGAUUCAUUGGUUCGCCAAUAACAACGACGAAUUCACCGCUCCAAGGGAUAUCAAACCAAGCACAGGCCUGACACUCCUGAUCACGCUCCCACCAGACCCAUCGUCCCCACCAGUGUUGUAUACUAACUACACGAAUCUACAAUAUCCUGUUGGCGCUUGGUCCCAGGGCUCUUUCCAAUACCUACCUAACGGUAACGUCCUGAUGGGCUAUGGCGCCUACGCGGUCAUCGAAGAAUAUGGACCAAAGGAAAGCACGAGCAACACCCAAGGCCAUGUUCGCUGGUCCGCCGCCUUCGGAUAUGACGAUCUCGUCUCCAGUUAUCGGGUCUUCAAGCAGGAAUGGCACGCGACGCCAGCGAGCAAACCAAGUCUCGUCGUAUCACGGACCAUGGCUAAUGAUACGCUCAAUCAGUGUGCCGGGAAUUCGACGUGGAGAGGUUAUGUAAGUUGGAAUGGUGCGACGGAUGUCACAGGCUGGCUCGUGUAUGCUGGAACGAGCAAUGCUACAAUGAACGCCGUGGGAAUGGUGAAGAAAGAAGGGUUCGAGACGGAGUUCGUGCUUCCCCAGGGAGCAAUGUUCAUUCAGGUUGGCGCGGUCGAGAACUACGAGAGAAAUGCAGUCAGGAGGUCUGAUGUCGUUGCUGUUCCGGCGCGACAGGAUUCACUGCCUUACUCCUUUGGCUGGUGA